CUUCUGUUCGCUUUUAAUAAAACAAACAAAAAGAGAGAGAAAAAAAAUAAAGAGGAAGAAAAGAAAGAAGAAUCGAUGGGUCUCUCGAACUAUCUCCACGACGUCUCCGGCGACUCUCUCCCCCUCCUCCUCCUAGCCGCCGCGGCUGCCUCCGUCGCCUACCUCCGCUCCUUUCUCCUACGCUUCCUCCACCUGUCCUCCUCCCACGCCGACGCCGAAGACAGCGAUCCCUCCUCGCUCGGAUCCGGCCUCGCCGGCCUCGUCGUCCUCUCCGACCGCCUCGCCGCAGACAGCGCCUUCCCCUUCCUUCUCUCCUCCCGUGGCGAGGCCGAAGCCCCGCACCCGCUGUGCGCGGUCUGCCUCUGCGACCUCUCCGACGGCGACAGCGUCCGCCGCCUCCCCUGCCGCCACGUCUUCCACCGCGAGUGCCUCGACGGCUGGCUCGGCCAGCUCAACCUCUCCUGCCCGCUCUGCCGCCUCCAGCUCGCUGUGCCGGAGCUCCGCGCCGCCACGGACCGCCGGAUCGGAGCCGAGCUCGUCGCCUGGUUCUCCCACCACUGAUCCGAUCGGACGGUGA